AUGGCUCCAACUCUCAAACAAAUCGUGAUGAAAAACAUCCGCGACCAUCACUCAAACUCAACCUUUGAGAGAGUCCUACAAACAAAAGAUGGUACUUCCUCAGAGCAAACACCGGACACAGCGGCUAUGGUUCGCGACUGGGAAGAUAUAUGUCAGAAUAAAGGCAAAGAGGGCCAGGAAAGGCUAGAUUUGGCCAUCAAAGCUGGGAAGCCCGACGUUCCUAGUAUGACUGAUGAGCAAAUUAGCCGCAUCACCAUUAAUACGUCUUUCUCUAAAGACCUCGACAGCGACACCUCCGAGGGAAAACCAGAAGAGAAAGAAGAGGAUCUCAAGUUUGACCAGUACAAGCACCAUCAAUACGUGCGGCGAUGGGGUCUGUUCUCUGACUCGGAUGGUCGUGAUGAGGAGUGGUUCAUCGCCGACCCGCCUGUUCUUGAAGAGAGCGACCCUCAAUAUUUAUGCGACAUGUGUCGGCAUAUCGACUUCAAACGCUUAUUUUCGGAGCGAGGCCUGCCAGGAAAUCACCUCCCAGGUGCAACCCGCAUUACGCUAUUUGGGAUUCACAAGGUGAUGGACGAGAGAAGUCAAUGUGCCUUCUGCAGAUUGCUGCGAAAGAGAAUCCUUCACGAUGGCAUACUCUCGGACGUUGAGGCGAAGGACUGGGUUGGCAUGUCUUUCAGCCUCAAUGUUCUAGACGAUGGCCCUGACUAUGCUAUGAGACUUGAAGUCGAGUUCUCGGAUCAAAAGCGACCAAAGUCAAGGCUGAUUAUACAUCUAGUCGAUCAGGAGUCAGAUCACCUGCAGCCCCUCCAUGGUCUUGAAGUCAGUCGGGAUAUCGCUGAUAUGGCUUGUCUCCGAGGUUGGCUUCGUACGUGCAAAGAGGACCACCAGCCGCAAGAGGCUAAUUCUCCCGAAUAUCUUAAGCCUCUGACAGACAAACUGAGAGUCAUCGACACAUUGGACAACUGUAUCACUGAAGUAGAUACACCCUGCGAGUACAUCUGCCUCUCUUACGUGUGGGGGACUGGCAGCCAAACGCAGUGUACAACCAAGACAAAAGAUCAACUAAGCAGACCCGGAGGGCUAGAUGAUGCCCAUCUUCCUCAAACCAUUCUCGAUGCUAUCAAGGUCACCAAGCAGCUCAGCGUGCGAUACAUCUGGAUAGACGCCCUCUGCAUAGUGCAGGACGACAACGACGACAAAGCAAAGAUUAUAUCCAACAUGUCGCGCAUUUACGCCAACGCCCUGUUGUCAAUCGUGGCUUCUACUAACGUUAACCCCACGGAUGGACUACCUGGGGUUGGAGUUCCUCGGUCGCAUGGACAGGAUAUCGAGAAGAUACAAGGGAUUACCCUUGCUGUCGCUUUCCAAGACGCGCGACAGCGAUACUCCGACAUCGAAGACCAGCUGUGGAAUACUAGAGCGUGGACUUUCCAGGAGAGGAUUCUCUCACGACGCUCAGUCUACUUCACAAACUCACAGAUGUGCUUCGUCUGUCCACAUGGCGCUACGUUUGAAGACACCGUGCCUGUCACGCAUCCUGGAUACAAAGUCAAACCGUUCCACGACCAGACUCAGCUUAGCUCCCGGGCUUUCGAUCUAUGGAUGCGCAUAUGGGUUGAUCCAACACAGUCCAAGUUCAUUAAUAAGGCCUUCAAGAGCGACGAUGAGACGACAAUUUUUGUCGGCGCAGAUGAAGACCGUACUGGCGAAAUGUGGGAUGAUGUUCCGCGCAUAUACAAGUACGAAGCCAUCGCCAGCUCAGAUACCAUCGAUGCGCCUCUUAUCAAGGGCAACACCAUGUGGGAUAUGUACGCCCAUGCAGUGGAUGCAUAUACAAAACGAAACAUGACAUGGCAAUCCGACGGCGUCAAUGCCUUUGUCGGUAUCACUGAUCUCAUUCGUCGCGGAACCAACACCAAGUUCUGGCAAGCCAUGCCUGAGUUUGCGCUUACACAGGCUCUACUAUGGUGUGCCCAAGAGCCGCUUACGAGACGAAGGUCAGAGGAUGGAAAAGCCUUAUUCCCUAGUUGGUCAUGGGCCGCUUGGAAAGGGCAUGUUUCAUACCGCGGCAGGGGGUGGCAUAACGCUAUAUCCUUUGCUCCAGCUUCAAUGGUGAUGUGGUUCUUAAGAAUGACUCCUGAAGAGGCGAUGGAGAUCUACAUGACAGAAGAGAGGACACAGGAAGAAAUCGACGAGUAUCGACAACAAGUUGGAAAUGCUAGCAGUCUGCUCCGACAGCCCAAUCCCAUUGAGCUACUCAACUUUUACCACGAAGAACAAGGUUGGAAGGUCGAGCGUGAUGAGACUCGCAAUCAGCAUAUAUAUGUACACGAUGCCUAUCCUGGCGUGAGGCUAGAUCAUCCGAUGAAGCUCCCUGGCCAGUCUAUCGUUGAACUACCCUGCAAGGACAACGGUUUGUACUUUCGCGCCAAAGCAGUACCAGCACGGCUAUGCGAAAAACCUGCCACAGCUCAUCAGGCUUCUCCCAUACAAGACAACUUCCUCCAAAUUGGUCUCAACGAUGAAGAUCGUUUCUCCAAUGCCCGCGCACCGUGGCAGCGCAUUAUCUACCACCAGGGCUAUCGCGCCGGAAGCCUCACUCUCAACGUGCCCCUUGAAGAACUCAACAUCCCCUCGACCGCAGAACCCAGCACAGAGAGAUACAUCUUCGCCGCGAUAGCCCGCCACGGUCUUCCCCACAUGGCGCCGGCGCCCAUCGGCUGGGACAGAUACUGGGGCCUUGAUCCCAUGGGUUUCCAGGAAAAGGUCUUUAUGGAGGAGUGGACAAAUAACGGUACCGCACCCCCUGAGCCUGAAGAGAAUGUCGAGCCGGACCCGGAGAAAGUCAAUGAGACAGGGGAUCCGCGGUGGGAUCUGGGUCGGUUCGGUAUCCCGACUGUGAUAGAUGUGUGCGAUGUACUGUUGCUGAGAGAGAUUGAGGGGGUUUGUGAGAGGGUUGGGGUGGGAAAGAUAAACCAGUGUGCGUUUUCUGCUGCCAAGCCGGAGGUUGAGAUGUUUACUCUGAUGUAG